AUGCUAGUCUCUCCUGCAGCAGAAAGAAACAAAGAUGCUAUCCUGGAAGUGCUGACAAAUUACCUGGACCCCAAAGAGGAGUCUUUCAUACUGGAAAUUGCAUCAGGUUCUGGGCAGCAUAUUGUUCAUUUUGCUCAAGCUCUACCAGGUAUUACAUGGCAACCUUCUGAAAUCAACCAGAUGUCUUUGGAGAGUGUUUCUGCGUAUAUAACAGCCACAAAAGUGAGCAACGUAAGGACACCACUAUAUAUCGAUUUCUCCAAAUCAUGGGAAAGCUGGGCAGAAUUAAAACAGGGCUCCUGUGAUGCUAUUAUCUGCAUCAAUGUACUACAGUUUUCAACCCCGGAGAGUAUGCAGGGUAUCUUCCAAGGAGCAGGCAAUCUGCUGAAAGACUAUGGAGUUUUACUGACUUAUGGGCCUUUUGCUAUCAAUGGUAUCAUCAGUCCGAAAUGCAAUGCUGAACUAGACAUUUCUCUACAGAAAAGGAAUCCUGAGUGGGGACUGCGUGACAUUGAUGUGUUGCGCCAACUGGCAGGUGAAAAUUCACUACGACUGGAAAGAAUGCUUGACAUGCCAGAACACAAUAAAUGCCUCAUCUUCAGAAAGACUGACCAGCAGUGAACCAGAAUGAGACAUCAGGUGGUCAUGAGCUGUCAAAAGAAAACUGCGGAGGCUAACAGCUGCAUCAUAUUUACUGCAUGUACAAUUACCACUUCAAGUACAUGCUUUAUGAUGCUCAGCAUGAAGUCAACAGCAUGAACAAACGUGCAACAGUUAUUUCUGGACUGCAGAACUAAAACUUUUUAGCUUACAUUAUAUGAAAUCUUGGUUCAACUAUAGCUGUAUAGCAGAAUCAGAAGCAAUUGUGGGAAACUGACUUUGAACAUGUGUGCAAACUUGCAAUAAUUUUCCUGAAAUGGAGUCCCUAUUUACAUUUUCCUUUCUUGAUAUAAUAGCCACUUUUGUAACAUGCUUUUGCUCCAUCUAGUCUACCUAAGUCUUGCAGCUAACACCAUGAUUUUCAUCAUAUUGAUCACUGUACCAGUAGUCUGCACUAUAUGGGUUAUAUAGUGCUAUGGAUAUAAUAUCUGGCCAUCUUCCAGAUCAUCAAGGCACCUUCCAUGUGCCCAAACCAUCAGUCAGUUGGAGUUGAGCUGACU